CUUUCUUUUCAUUUCCCUCAUUUCACCUCACUUUUCUUCGUUCAAUUCUAAAAGAUACCCAAGCAUGUCCAUCACAAAAUACCCUGCCAGACACCAUUGGUCAAAGGUUGCCAAAAACCUCGGCCUUACCGAGGGCCUCGUCUAUCUCAAGGGUGAUGUUCUCAAGGAGAGACAUGACACCGAUGUGGAACUCAUUUUCAGACAAGAGUCCAAUUUUUAUUACCUCACUGGCCUUGCUGAGCAUGAUGGACAUGUCGUCUAUGAUAUCAAGACACAGAAAAUGACGCUUUUGCCCUAUAAGCUUCCUGAUGAUCACAUUGUAUGGAUGGGUAUGCCCCCUACUAUAGCCGAACUUCACGCAAAGUAUGAUGCAGAUAGCAUUCGCUGGUCUACAGAGUUGUUAGCAGCCAUCAAUGAAUCUGGUGCAUCAACUCUUUAUGUCCUUCGCAAAGAAGAUGCUCCUGAAGGUGUCAACUUGACAAUCAAUGAUGAAGUCCUUAAAGAUGCCAUUGUCACGGCUCGCAUGUACAAAUCAUCCUUCGAGAUCGAGGCUAUGCGCAAAAUCAACCACAUCUCUUCAAACGCCCAUAUUGCUCUCAUGAAGGCCGCUAAGAAUGCCCAAUCCGAGGUUGAGCUUGAUGCUCUGUUCAGGUACGAGACUGCUCGCUUCGGUGCCCGCGCACAGGCUUAUGAACCCAUUGUUGGUGUCGGAGCUAAUGCUGCCACGCUCCACUACGGACGCAACUCUGCCUCAUUCAAUGGUAACCAUAAUCAGUUAUGCCUGGUCGACGCUGGUGCUGAGCUAGGCUAUUAUGCUUCCGAUAUCACUCGUACCUUCCCCUUGAAUGGCAAGUAUACUGGCGAUGCCAAAACCAUUUACGAAAUUGUUCUUCAGAUGCAAAAGGCUGUCCUUGCUGCCCUCAAGCCAGGAGUUCAGUGGGAGGAUAUGCACAGACUUGCUAGCAGGAUCGCCGUGGAGGGCCUUCAGAAGGCCGGUGUCUUAAAGACUGAAUUUUCAGUUGAGGAGAUGCUUGAACAACACAUUGACGGCGUCUUCUUCCCUCACGGUCUCGGCCAUAUGAUUGGAUUGGAUGUUCACGACGUUGGAGGUUAUCCUAAGGGUGUGGAUCGCAUCCAGGCCCCUGGCCUUCAGUACCUGCGUAUGCGCCGUGCACUCGAGCCCAGCUUUGUCGUCACAGUCGAGCCUGGCGUCUACUUUGUUGAGUUCAUUUUGAACACUGCCAAGAACAAUGCUUCAAUUUCCAAGUAUAUGAACUGGGAUGUUGUUGACCGGUUCGCCAAGGUGGGCGGUGUUCGCAUCGAAGAUUGCGUUGUCAUAACUGAAACCGGCAUUGACAAUUUGACUACCGUUCCCAAAGAGAUUGCCGAGAUUGAAGCUAUUAUGGCUUAAGGGACUCUCUUUUACUUUGACUAUAACUUCGCCAUGUACAAUAAUUUGUCAAAUAAAAAUGAAAUCCCAACAAGAUAUUUCAUUGUUCU